AUGGCAGAAGUCUCGGGGGAGAUCGUGCCAAUCAGCAACACACAGCCUGCUGCAGCUUAUGCAGCAAAUGAUGAGAAAACGACUCCGGCAGCACAAUCAUUCCAGACACCCACGUCGAGAACCAGUAUAUCGCUAUGGCGACUCGUCUUCAGCUACACAAUCAUCUCGCCAGCGGUCCUCACGCAUGUCUACGAGGGUAAAGGUCGGGACGACGACCCUUUCAUCGUUGACUACCUUCUCGACGACCCUGUUAACCCGUACAAUUGGCCCACAUGGCGAAGAUGGAUGUCUGUCUGUAUCAUAGGCUUUGGGACACUGGCUGUGGCGGUGUGCACGUCCUCAUACCUUAGUGCCUUACCUCAACUCCAAAGUCAAUUCCAUGCAUCGGAAGAGGUCAUUACUCUGGGAUUGUCGUUCUUCAUCCUUGGAUUUUCAGUCGGACCUCUUUUGUGGGGCCCAUUGAGUGAAGAAUAUGGCCGACAGCCACUCUACUUUGGGACCUACGCCAUGAUGGCGGUCUUCAACAUUGGUGCAACUGUCAGCAACUCCAUUGGCGCCCUGAUUGUUCUUCGGUUUUUUGCCGGAGCAUUCGGAUCCUCACCACUGGUUGUGGCUGGAGGCGUCAUUGCCGACAUGUUUGAACCCAGAUUACGAGGACUAGGCAUUGCAGCAUGGUCCGCUUGCGCCUUUACCGGACCCGCUGUAGGACCCAUCGUUGCAGGCUUUAUUGCCCAGUUCGCUGGAUGGCGGUGGACGCUGGGCUUCGUUACGAUAUUUGCUGGCUCCAUGUGGGUUAUUGGGACGUUGACGAUCCCUGAAACGUACUCCCCGGUUAUUUUGCAGCGAAGGGCACGCAAGCUGGCGAAGAUGACCGGUCGAGCACAUAUCUCAGUGUAUGAGAAGAAAGCCGGUCAUAGGUUGAGCGCCUCCAAGAAAGCACGCCAAGUCCUGUUUAGACCUUGGUCCCUGCUCAUCCACGAACCAAUCGUCCUAAUGAUCUCACUUUACAUGGCAAUCUUAUAUGCCACGAUGUUCCUGCUGCUCGGAGCGUUCCCGGUCGUCUUCGAAGAGAAGCGUGGCUGGAGUCAAGGCAUUAGCGGCUUGCCGUUCAUUGGAAUGGUCGUCGGCCUGGUCUCUGGAGCCAUACAUAUGAUGUUUGACAACAAGCGAUACCUCAAAGCCAUCCAAAAGCCGGACAACGAUGUGCCGGAAGCCCGCCUGUUUCCUGCGCUGAUAGGUGCGGUCACUGCACCGAUAGGCAUGUUUAUCUUUGCUUGGACCAAUGGCCCCGACAUACAUUGGAUUGUCUGUAUUGUUGGGAUCGCCAUUUAUUGCCACGGAUCAAUUGUAGUUCAAUUGGCAAGCAUCAACUAUCUGAUCGACAGUUACACUAUUUUCGCGGCAUCUGUUUUGGCUAUCAAUGGUCUCCUUCGCGCCGUUCUGGCUGCUGCCUUUCCUCUCUUCACCACGCAAAUGUACCAUAACAUUGGGAUUCAUCUGGCGUCGUCGAUCCCAGCUCUCCUCGCACUAGCAUGCGCGCCGGCACCGUUUAUCUUUCGUCGUUAUGGGAAGCAGAUCCGCUUGAAGUGUAGAUAUGCUGCACAGGCUUAUGAGUAUGGUCUCAUUCAGCGGAAUGCGCAAAGGGUAGGGACCGAGGUUGAAGUAAAGGAGCCUGAGCCCUAA